UGCUUCAUUGUGGAUGAAGCUUGCUCGUGCCGGUAGUCGGCCACGUCUGUAUAUAUCGAUAAAUGACCGCGUAAAUUGUCAUACAGAAUCUUGUAGAUCCCGUUCUCGAGGACGCCGAAGAUGGCCCGUGCUCGUGCGAGCGCGUUAAUAUGGAUCCUCGCGCUUUACUUACACGCCGUCCUCGCGGCCGACCUGGUGGACCCGGACCUGAUUGUUAGGAACGUCGAGCGGCACAUCGAUCUGCAGUCCCAGCUGACCAAGAUCACCACCCGCGUGGUUCUGGACAACAACAGCAAGGAUCGCGCUAUCCAGCGUUUCCUCUUCUGUCUGGAGGGUACGCAGAAGGAGUCCCUCAGUUACAUAGCUGCACGCGUGGAACCCGGUAAAUUAGAGCUCAAAGUGACUGCUGUCAAAACAGUCGAGGGCCAUCGAGAUAAGACCUUUUACUCCAUCGAUCUGGCCAAUCAUCUAGCACCUCGACGUACUCUCACUAUAGAGGUAGAGACGAUACUUACGCAUGAACUGGUACCACAUCCCAAGGAGAUCGCCCAGCAGGAGAAGCAGCUUGUCAAAUACACUGGAAAUGUGUACGCUUACUUGCCUUAUGCUGUAACCAAACAGACAACUUAUGUGGCAUUGCCAUCACGUAACAUUGAGAGCUAUACCAAGAUCAAACCCGUCUCCCAGACUGGUUCAGCGAUAGCUUACGGACCAUUUGAGAAGCAACCACCUUUCACUCAUGAAGAACUGGUGGUGCACUUUGAAAAUAACAAUAAAUUCCUUACGGUGACUAGGCUGGAGAGGACCAUUGAGAUCUCCCACUGGGGCAACAUAGCUGUCGAGGAGCACAUUGAUCUUCUGCAUACUGGCGCCUUGCUGAAGGGUUCCUUCUCUCGUUACGAGUACGCUCGUGAAUCCAAGUCCGGGCAGGCCAGCAUCCAGAGCUUCGAUACCAUCUUGCCAGCAGCUGCUUCCGACAUCUAUUACAGGGACGAGAUCGGUAACAUCUCCACGUCGCACACCCGUAUCAAGAAGGACUCGGUGGAGCUGAAUCUACGACCUAGAUUCCCGCUGUUUGGUGGCUGGAAGACUCGUUACACGAUCGGGUACAGCGUACCCAGUUACGAGUAUCUGUUCCAUUCCGGAGACGAGUACACCCUGGAGAUGAGACUGCUGGAUCACAUCUUCGACGACAUGAUCGUGGACGAGAUAAUCCUCAAGAUCAUCCUGCCGGAGGGUGCGCGGAACAUACAGCUGGAAUUGCCUUAUCCUACGACCCGCUUGACGGACUCUCUCCAUUACACUUACCUGGACGUCACCGGACGUCCGGUGGUGUCCGUGACCAAGAAGAACCUGGUGGAGAAUCAUAUCCAGAGUUUCAGGUUGAAAUAUACAUUCCCACGUCUGCUGAUGUUGCAGGAGCCGCUGCUGGUCGUGGUGGCGUUGUACCUGAUGUUCCUGUUAGUCAUAGUAUACGUGAGACUGGACUUCUCCAUCGACAAGGACGAGGCUUCGGAGAGUAAACUGAGGAUCGCCGGCCAGUGCGAGAAGAUCCUGGCCGCGCAGGAUCGUCGGGUCACGUCCUACAACGAGCUGGACGAUCAAUUGGCGUAUCUGAAGGGGAACAAGGACGCCAACGCGUUCCUGGCCGCGGUGAAGGGCAUCAACCAGGAGUACAAGGCGGCCACGGGAUCUCUCAACGAGAUCGCGCAGAAGUUGAAAGGCGAAUCCGGCGAUGUCUAUGAUCGCGUGCAGGAGCUACAGAAGUGCGAUCGUUCCUUGAAGGAGCUCUACAACCAGCAGCAGGCGCUGUACGUGGACAAGCUGGUCCCGGGGAAGAUCGGUCGCCAGCAGUUCGUCGAGGCGGAGUCGGCGAUCGCCAGGAAGAAGGAUGAGUGUGUCGAGAAGAUCAACGCGAUCGUCAAAUCGUUUCAGUAAAAAGAGAAUUAAAAAAUCGCAUUCCGCGAACAAACUUGAAAGAAAAAAGAACAAUAUGGUGCAUUUUUGUAAUACAUUAAUACCAAGCUCUGUCGCAUCUGUUAAUAUUCCAUUCGUGAGAAUGUAAGCAAAUUAGGGUAUUCCAUUUCAAGUUUACAAACGCAUUGAGUCACAAGAAAGAAAAUAAGAAACUCUUUAUCUCUGUAUCUUAAAUUAAGAUUUGUAAUAAAUAUGUAGGAAAAAAUUAUUACGUUUUCGUUGUUACCUUCUCUAAGACUGUUGUAUCUAAAUAAAAGAAUUGUUGAUAACA